UUCUAAUUGAAACCCUCGAUUUGCUUUGUUCCAAUUUCGAUUGAAAAGUGGGGUGGUGUUUUCAGGAGGAGGAGGAGCUGCGAAAAUUCUCUUCCGAGGAAUGCUGUUGAAAUGGAGAAUAUAACAGAAAGGGAGACUGAUAGAGUUGGACAGGACACCAAUAAGGAAAUUGAGACUGAAGAGCAAAGUCUAGAUAAUGUUAUGGAAACCGAUAAACAAAUUGCGACUGAACAGCAAAGUCUAGAUAAUGCUGAUGAUAAGAAUCCAAAAGAGACAAUAGGAGAGGACGAUCCUGAAAGUGAACAUAAGGAUUCUCCUCCUCCCAUGCCCAUGGUCACUGAAGAAGGUACCAACGAUGAUGAUCCACCAAAGAUCGAUGAUGAGAAGAAUUCUCAAUUAGAAGUGAACAGACAUCCAAGUCCUCCUCCUUCUGUGGAAGACACUUUAGAGCAGAACAUUGCGUCCAACAAAGUAAGUUCGGAUGUCUUGAGAAAUGGCAGAGAUUCUGACAUGGUUGACGAAGAUACUGCAGUUGUCCAUGAAGAAACGACCACAGUACCACUCUCGGAGGACAAAGGAUCGCCACGUCAUCAUGCUAAUACUGUGACGGAGGAGGAAAAACCUGCAGAAGAACAUGAUAUGACAUCCUCAGGAGAACAAAACGAGAUUACAGUCACUCCUGAUACCAAACUCUCGGAAGACAAAGGAUCACCGCUUCAUACUGCUGAUACUGUAAUGGAGCAGGAGGAUAAAUAUGAAGAAGAACAUGACAUGUUAUCCUCAGGAGACCACACCGAGAUUGCACUCUCACCUGAUACCAAACUCUCCGAGGAGAAAGGAUCACCGCUUCAUCAUGCUGAUACUGCAACCGAGCAGGACAAAACUGCUGAAGAACAUGACAUGACAUCUUCAGGAGAACAUAAAGAGUUUCCAGUGAUUCCCGAUACCAAACUCUCGGUGGACAAAGGAUCACCGCUCCAUCUUGCUAACACUGUAACGGAGCAGGACAAAACUGCAGAAGAACUUGACAUCAUAUCCUCAGGAGAACAGAAAGAGUUUCUAGUCAACUCUGAUACCAAAGUUUUUGAGGAGAACAAUGACAAGAUAGACGAGGGCGAGGCUAACAAUAUGAAUUUAGCUGACGAUGGAAGUAGGCCGGUAGAUCAUGAUCAAGGAACCACAACGGAGGUUGAAAAAGGGCUAGAGGUGCCUGGUUCUGAGACCGUAUCAAAGCUGGAGGAUAAACCAUCCGAGCCUCUCAUAGAAACCACAGUGAAUGUGGAAAAGGAGCCAGACAUGCCUGCCACUGAAAAUUUGACAGAAAAUGACAAACUCUCUGAUGUUUUGGCUGCUGGAGUUUCAGGAGACAGUGCCCAGACUUCAUCUGAUCAUAACGAAGGAGUUGCUACACUUGAGGCUGAACCUAUAGAAGACAUGGAAAUUGAUGUACCUGAUUCUAAAUUGGUCACUGAUGCUGGUAUUGACUCUACUAAUAACAACGAUGUGAAUGUUGACGCUCCUAAUGCUGAAAAGAAAGAUUAUUCUAUAGUAUUAGUACCUGAGAAAAGUGAUACUGAAAAUGAGAAUGCAUCAGUGAGACUUGAACCUGGUCCUCCUUGUGUUGUCUCUUCGGAUACAAAGGGGUUAAGUGGAGGCUUGAAUAAUGGGGUCCAUAAAAUAGGUCAGCCAUCAUCUGGUUUCGAUGGGACCAUGAGCGCAAAUCAGGCAGCACCUGGUUGUGAUGGGACCAUGAGCGCAAAGCGCUCCUUCCUCUUGGAUGACGCGUCGGAUGGCAAUGAAUCUGGAACGGAGGAGGAUCAAUCUGCUUUUAUGAAAGAAUUAACCAGUUUUUUUAGAGAGAGAAGCAUGGACUUUAAACCUCCAAAGUUUUAUGGGGAGGGACUAAACUGCCUUAAGUUGUUUAGAGCUGUAAUUAGAUUGGGUGGUUAUGACAAGGUUACUGGAUGCAAACUAUGGAGGCAAGUAGGAGAGUCUUUCAGGCCCCCAAAGACAUGUACAACAGUGUCAUGGACUUUCAGAGGUUUUUACGAAAAGGCUCUUCUUGAAUAUGAGCGGCAUAAAGUCAUGAUGGGUGAACUACAGAUACCCCUUGCUACUGAGCCAGAACCGAUGAAUAUUGAUAAUCAGGCUUCUGGAUCUGGUAGAGCGAAAAGAGAUUCAGCAGCCCGUGCUAUGCAAGGUUGGAAUUCACAACGUCUUAAUGGAAACGGUGAAGUUAAUGACCCUGCAGUUAAGGAUAAGAAUUUAGUUCUUCAUCAAAAGCGAGAAAAACAGAUGGGAAACACCCCUGGUUUGCUGAAACGCAAGAGGCCUUCGUCUACUGAGCAUGCCAUCCAAGUGUCUAGACCUAUGUUGGAUGUGACAGUUGUUGAUGUUGGACCACCAGCUGACUGGGUGAAGAUUAACGUACAGAGGACGGAAGAUUGCUUCGAGGUGUAUGCAUUAGUCCCAUGACUAGUCCGUGAAGAGGUCCGAGUCCAAUCAGAUCCGGCAGGACGGUUGGUAAUAAGUGGCGAACCAGAGAACCCUAUGAAUCCAUGGGGAGCUACUCCUUUCAAAAAGGUGGUUAGUUUGCCGACAAGGAUUGAUCCGCAUCAUACAUCGGCUGUGGUAACCUUAAACGGGCAGUUAUUCGUCCGUGUGCCACUUGAGCAAUCUGAUUAGACACGGUUUACAGUUUCAACAAAGCCUUUGAAGAUUUGAGACGCAGAGAUAAGAAUGGUAGAGAGACUUUUGUUUGUAUAUUUAUGAUUGAGAACAUGACACACAACUUGAGAGAGCCCAUUUUAGGAUGCUUUAAUUAGGCCAUCUAGUUCAUGGUCUCUCUUCUCUUUAAUUAGAUCCUUCAAAAAUCACCAUAGAUUUGUAGCACACGUUAUUUAAACCUUUUCUACUUUCUUUUCCACA